AUGGGUCGGCGGAAAAAGAAAUCAAGAGAGGAAAGAGAAGAAGCAGACAGAAAAUUCAAAGGCCAGCCCAACAAAAGAUCGAAGAUUCUGGCCUGGUUCCGCAGGCAUCGAGACCCCCAGACUGCUGUUGUUCCUCUGGCAGAAAGCUCUGAAGGAUUCUCACAGCUGGUCUUGGAGGGCCGCUUCCUGGAAGCCUGCCGGAGCAUCUCAUCCUUGGCAGAGGACGGGCAGGACCGUGGCUCCCAGUACCAGAUGGUGGCCCAGGGCAUGUGGCAGGUCAUCCGGGAGGCGCUGGAGGGCGGCGGGGGCAGCCAGGAGCUGCAGAGGAAGCUCAGGUCGGUGGCGGCCACAGUGGAGUGGGCCCGGGGCUCCUCACGGGAGCUGGGUGAUGACCUGGCCUCCUGGGACUGCCAGUUGCGAACACAGCUGAGGAAUGACGCCGAGAACCGGGUGCCCCCGAGCCCCAGAGACCGAGUGCCCCUGAGCCCGGGGGACCAGUUGGGCGGGUACCUGGCGGAGCUGGCCAGGGCCGUGGAUCGUGGCCUGGACCCCCAGAGGGCAGGCUGGCUGGGAGCCCGCCUCUCGGCGACCGACAGAGAGUGCUUCCAGGAGGUGCUCCUGGACCGUCUCUCCAUGCUCCUGACCUGCAGCGGAGACCCGGACAGCUGCCGGGAGCUCUACACCUGGGCCAGGAAGACCUUGUUUGGGCAGCUGGCGAAGAUGCCGGAGCCUGCUGCCACCAGGAAACUCUCGGACCCGCUGAUGUUUGUCACCUGGAUGUCCCAGGUGCAGAGCCGGCUGGUGGAGCUGGUCCAGAAAGAGUUGGAAAAACAACUAGAAGAUGUCCUGACCUGUGAUCAGAAAGAGUCGGCCACCUCUUCCUGCCAGGCAUUCCUCAAAAUCUUCCAGCUGUUGAAAGGAACCAUAGAUUCAGUGCAAGACAUUGGGCCUCCCAUCACCAGCUGGGUUCAAGCCAUGGUUCUGAACACGUUUUCAGAGUUUCUGAAAAGAUACUGGGGUGAGGGUGCCCCCCACUUCCUCCAGCAGCAGGCCGGUGCCGGACCCUCCCCCCAGCUGCACAUGCUGCAGAACUGCUGCGUCCUCAGGAAAACGUGGCAGAGUCUGGGCCAGGCCCACACUCCCCUGGCGGACGUGGUGCUGCGUACCAUCAGCGCCAUCGAGGACCGGAGCCAGGACGACCUUGUGUCCGUGGUCAGAAGCCAGUACCGGAGCCUACUGGGGCAUCACUUCGGGUGGAAAGACGAGGGGCUGGCCCAAGCUCUGCGAUCCCUCAGGCGGGGCCUGGAGCACUACCCCAGCCUGCUUCCUCCUCCCACGUACAAGAGCCUUGUGCAAAGCCUUUACAAAGCGGUCUUCACUGAGUACCUCCAGGCCUUGGUCACCCAUCUCAAGAGGCUGAAGCCCCGGAAGUGGGAAGACCACCGGGGUCAGGUGCAAACGGACUUCCGGGAGCUGCAUGAGGCUUUCGGGAGGCAGGAGGGCCUCGGUGACGGAGCCCCUGGCCGGGAGGCCGUCAUGGAGGUCUUCCAGCUCAGCGGGAAGCAGGGCAACCCGUGUCUGGAUGAAUGGCUGGACUCCUUCAGGGACAGGUCCCCAGAUUACGUGGGGAGGGAAUCCAAGGCCAGAGAAGGCAAGGAUUUGCCCAGGGUCCCCUGCAGGCCGGUGCAGCCCCCUCACUGGUCUCUCUGCCUCCUGACACUGAGAUCCACCCAGCUGGACCCUCGGAGUGGCCCAGUCCAGAUCCCUUCCCGGUGUCCAGGACUGCCGGCACACAGGGCCGGCCCGAGGAUCCUGGGCUCAGGAGCUGCUGCCCUUGCUCCUGGGGCUUCCUCACGCCUUUCACAACGUGA